CCAGUGGAAAGAGUAGUCGAGCGAGUCAUUAGCCGACCUAUUACUGAAAAUAUUGUGGCUCCUUAUAUAAUUCGCGAAACUGAAGCAGAAAGGGAAACUCGAACCCUCAGCAGCGAGAUUUCCGGGCUUCGUCUAGAUAUGAAUAAUUUCCAAACUAAUAUGUCAGAAUUACUAGAAAGAAGGUCAGAAGUGGGCACGACUAUUUUCGAAGAACAGCAACAGCAAUUAGAGACGCAAAUG